AUGAAGAAGUCAUCAGGAUCCUUACCACAAGAAGCAAGACUCAUCUUGUUGCAACUUUCAACCAUUACAAAUAUGAGCAUGGAAUUUCCAUCAAAAUUGGUAGAUCAGAUAUCUGAUGAUUUUCUCAAGGUAUUGCACACUGCUAUUGGCUGCAUCAACUACCACACGAAGUACUAUGUGAAGGUUUUGCGCAAUGCAAUAAAAAAGUUUGGAACUGAUGAGGAUGGACUGAGUCGUGUGGUUGUGACUAGGGCUGAGAAGGAUUUGAAGGAUAUCAAGAAACUUUACUACAAGAAAAACAAUGUUCACCUUGAGGAUGCAAUCUCCAAAGAAACUUCAGGGGACUACAAGAAGUUCAUCCUUACUCUGCUGGGAAUCAAGACUAAGCAACUUUUCUUGAUGAAGGACAUAUUUAGAAAUGGGUUUUUCAUGUAUUUUCUCCCUAGAGAAAUUAGUGAAUGGAUCAGAAUGAUUUGCUGCAUCAAUGACCAUAAGAAGUUCUAUGAGAAGAGUAAGAAAGGUUCACUGAGCAAUAUUCCAAUGACGACUUGUGUUUUUGAUCAUCAAGCUUCUCCUGCUCAAGAUGCUGAGGCUCUUCAUCAAGCUUUCAAAGGAUGGGGAUCUGAUGGCAAAGCCAUUAUAGCAAUACUGGGUCACAGAAAUGUUCAUCAGAGACAGGAAAUCAAGAAAGCUUAUGAGGAGAUUUAUGGAGAGAAUUUUAUCAAACGCCUUGAAUCUGAGAUUUCUGGUGAUUUUGAGAGAGCUAUGUACAGAUGGAUGUUGGAACCUGCAGAUCGUGAUGCUGUUUUGAUGAAUGUAGCAAUCAAGAAUGGUCCUAAAGACUAUAACGUGAUUGCAGAGAUUGCUUGUGUUCUUUCAGCUCAAGAACUUUUGGCAGUGAGGUGUGCCUAUCACAACCGCUACAAGCAUUCCUUGGAAGAAGAUGUUGCAGCUCACACCACAGGCCAUCUUCGCCAGGCAAGUUAUUUUCUUACAAAUAACUUUGAUCUUUUGGUUGGACUGGUUAGCUCAUAUAGAUAUGAGGGUGAUGAGAUCAACGUAAAAUUGGCACAAACUGAGGCUAAUGUUCUUCAUGAAGCAAUCAAAGAGAAGAAAGCCAACUAUGAAGAAGUCAUAAGGAUCCUUACCACAAGAAGCAAGACUCAGCUUGUUGCAACUUUCAACCGCUACAGAGAUGAGCAUGGAAUUUCCAUCAGUAAGAAAUUGGUGGAUAAUUCAUCUGAAGAUUUUCUCAAGUUGUUGCACACUGUGAUUCGCUGUAUCAAUGACCACAAGAAGUACUAUGAGAAGGUUUUGCGCAAUGCGAUGAAAAGGCUUGGAACUGAUGAGGAUGAUCUGAGUCGUGUGAUUGUGACAAGGGCCGAGAAGGAUUUGAAGAACAUCAAGGAAAUCUACUACAAGAGGAACAGUGUUCAUCUUGAGGAUGCAGUGUCCAAGGAAACCUCAGGGGACUACAAGAAGUUCCUCCUCACUCUACUAGGGAAACAAGACUAA